UGACGUAGAGAAUAUUUACAAGUUUUGCAUCAGACGAACGAAGUGACAGUAGCUAGGCUACGUCUCUUUCAAGUUGUGUCAGGCCUUUAACAAAUCUUCUUUUUGGCACUGACAAUGGCGACCGUAAAAAUAAUCGUUUUGUCGUUAUUAGUUUUGUUUCUUCCUCACAUCAGAUGCUGGAAUGAAGGAGCUGUGUUGCUGCGCGAUGUUCAGGUCCUCACUUUGUACAAGGGAAGAUAUACCACAGCUAGGCGCUCAAGUCCCGUCCCGCAGCUGCAAUGUGUUGGGGGAUCGGCGGGUUGCGCAUCUUUUAUCCCUGAAGUGGUUCAGUGUCAAAACAAAGGGUGGGAUGGAAUUGACGCUCAGUGGGAGUGCAAAGCAGACAUGGACAAUACCUACCGGUUUGGACGCAUCGAGGUGAGCUGCGAAGGCUUCAACCAGCCUGACGACCCCUACAUCCUCAGUGGCUCCUGUGGGCUGGAGUACACCCUGGAACUGACGGAGGAAGGCCGCAGCCGACACUCCCACCAGGGCUGGGGUGGUGGUGGUGGUGGAGGAGGAGGAGGAGUAGGAGGAGGAGGAGGAUGGGGCUCCAGUGGCUUCUCCCAGUUUGCAUCCAGCUUCUUUUCGGGCAACAAGCAUCAUGGGGGUCAGCAGCAGAGAGCCAGCUCGGGAUACGGGCAGCACCCAUCAGGGGAUGGAGAGGGGGCAGGGGGUCUGGUUGUGAUAGCUUUGCUGCUGUUGCUGGCUUACGGCGUGUACAAGAUGUUCCUGUGUGGGCCCACACAUGGGCAAGGCCAAGGGCAGGAGCGUUUCCCCAGUGACGGAGACUGGCAGAAUGGCCAGGGAGGUCACAGCGGCCCUCCUCCUCCAGGGUUCAAGCCAGAUUACAUGGGGGCAGAUCACUCAUCAGGCUAUCCAGGGUCAGGUCCUAGUUAUGGCUUUGCUGACCAGUUCACCAGACCCCACUCUAGUUCUCGUCACAACACUGGUGGAGGUUUUUGGACUGGCAUGGGUACAGGAGGAAUUCUGGGAUACCUCUUUGGAAAUCGGCGUCAACCAACCACUGGUCAUUCUUGGGGAUCAAACACCACCCAAAACACUCCCAGGACCCCACCAGCAAGCUCCGGAACACGCACUGCCUCUGGAUUUGGUGGUACCAAAAGGCGAUGAGAUGUUGAGGACAAAUAACUUAAUGGAACAACCUUUGCAAUAUGAUCACUUUGUGUGGGAAGCAUUUUGAAUGUGAAAUUAGCUUUUCAAGCAACAAAGGCACCUUAGGUUGGGUAGAAAGAAAAAUUAUUU